AUGGCUCCGGGUACUUCUGAUCACUGCAUGGCUUUGGUGAAUUUAAGUAAAGAGAUCCAUGUGAAUAGACCAAAACCUUUUAAAUUUUUUAAUUGUUGGACACUCCACCCAAACUUUCUUGAUACUGUGAGUCAAUCCUGGAAUUUGGAGAUUGAAGGCAACCCAAUGAAGAUCUUAUUCACAAAGCUUAAACGCCUCAAAACUAGUCUUAAACUUCUUAACAAUGACUGUUUUAGCGACAUUAUUGCUAGAGUCAUUCAAAAGAGAGAUGAAUUUGAAUUGCAACAACUCCAUACCUUAAACGGUGAUAAACCUUUGGAGAAAGAACUUGAACUGCAGAGAGAUUUUAUCUUGUUAGAAGAAGUUGAAUCGAUGUUUUUGAAACAAAAAGCUAAGGUUCAUUGGAUUAAAGAAGGUGACCGUUGUACAAAAUUUUUUCAUUCCGUCAUUGCUUCCAAGAACAAAAGACAGACAAUAAGAGUCUUAGUCAAUCAUCAGGGGGAUAGACUUGAUUCUUUUGAAGAUAUGUCAGUGGAACUUAUUGAUUAUUUCACAAAAUUAUUAGGUACUCAAGAUCCUAAUACUCGAGUUUGUCCACCUUCUAUUCUUAAAGAUUUGGUGCACCCAAUUUCUUCCUUGGAAGAUAAGGAAAUGCUUGCUAAAGAAGUUACCAACGAGGAGAUUAAAAAAGCUAUAUUCAGUCAAGGCAAUGAUAAGGCUCUAGGCCCCGAUGGGAUUAUAGCUCCAAAUCAAUCUGCAUUUGUCAAGGGAAGAAGUAUAGUUUAUAAUACUCUUCUUGCACAAGAGAUUGUCAAAGGGUAUGGGAGGAAAUCUUUAUCUCCACGAUGUGCUUUAAAAAUUGAUCUUCAAAAAGCCUUUGACUCCAUAAAUUGGGAUUUCAUUUCAGCCGUUCUAAAUUCUAUGGAAUUUCCAUCUAAAGUGAUUGACUGGAUUAUUGCUUGCUAUUCGAAUGCUAGGUACUCUAUUGCAUUCAAUGGAACUUUGAUCGGUUAUUUCAAUGGUGCUAAGGGAAUAAGACAAGGCGGUCCUAUUUCCCCCAUUUUAUUUGUUCUGAUUAUGAAUGUCCUGUCCAAUCUUCUCAACACUGCUGCUUCUAAAGGGAUGUUUUCUUUUCAUCCAAAAUGCAAGAAUAUUGGACUCACUCACUUGUCUUUUGCUGAUGACUUACUAAUUUUCUGCAAAGGUAAGCUUGAAUUUGUUUUGGGUGUCAUUACAGUCUUGGACUGCUUCUAUGAAUUUUCUGUAUUGAAGCUUAAUGCUGGAAAAUAUGAACUCUUCACGGCUGGUAUGUCUCAUCACAUCAUUGAAUCUAUCAUAAGUUUUACUGGCUUUAAACAAGGAAGACUUCUUGUACGUUACUUGGGUGUUUCUUUGGUCACCAAGAAACUUACUGAAAAGGAUUGUCAAGCUCUUAUAGAUAAUAUCAAAAACAGAAUUCACCAAUGGUCUAGCAAAAAUAUAAGUUAUGCAGGAAGGGUGGAGCUCAUCAAGACUGUUCUUUAUAGCGUUGCAAACUAUUGGUGUCGACAACUUGUUUUGUCUCCUUCUAUUAUCAAGAAAAUUGAACAAUUGUUCUCAGAUUCUUUUGGAAGGGCUCAGAUUCAAAAGCUGUAG